AUGUUGGAAUACACGGAUGGUGGGAUGAUGAAGGUUGUUGUUAUCUUGAUGAUACUUUUGUAUCAACUUUCAUCAAUUCAUGCUCAAAAAUCAUAUUCCAUUUCUUCUAUCGUUUCGAAUAUUCAAUUCUUGGAAAAAGGAUCAUCCAUGAACAUUGUUGAAGACUUUGAAUAUAAUUUUAACGGAAGUUACUCAAGGAUUGGAAGACCUAUUCCACGUGACAUUGCAACAAGUGUUGAUCCUUUAUCAAUCAAGGUAUUUAUUUCGGAUUCAACCUAUUCGAUUUCUUCCAAGUUAGAAAGUGGUUCUGAAUCCUAUUUUAUUGUUUCGACUUUGAGUCCUGCCACUCCCUCAAAUGCACUAACCAAGUUUUCAUUCAGAAUAUCAUUUUCCCUAAUUCCAAAUCUUGAAGUUUCAACAGACACUGUUUGGAGAUAUCACUAUCAGGAUAAUUCCUUUAUUUCAUCCAUUUCAACCACAAUCCUAUUUGAUUCAUCAAUCUCAUCCUAUAAUUUGACUUGUGUCAAUGGUCAAGUCUCGACAAUUGACAAUCAGUAUAAGGCCACUUUCAACAUGACAGGAUUAAAUUCUAAUUCUUAUUUCAAACCAGAAAUUAAGAUAAUUGGACUUGGUACUAGUAUGAAAUCAGAUUUUUAUUUUCAAGCUAUUGGAAUCCCAUUAAUUAUAGUAGGAGUUAUAGCAAUAAUUUUAAUAGGUGCUGUCACAAUCUAUUUCCUAAAGAAGAAUUGGGGAACUAGCUCAGUUUACAAACCAAGUGUUUCAGCACAUCCAAGAGUUGAUGUUCCAAUGUCGACAACAGCCCCAUCUACAAAGGUCGACCAACCAACAAGACAAAAAGAAACUAGUUAUUACGCUCCAUCUACUACAAGUGAACCAUAUGGAGGAUAUUCAACAACCACUGUUGAAGAAACAUACAAGUAUGAGCCACCAAGUUAUGAUUAUUCUGGAGGAUAUGGUGGUGGUGGAGACUACUCUGGUGGUGGUGGAUAUGAUUAUGGUGGUGGAGGAGGAGGAGGUGAUUAUGGAGGUACUUCAGGAUUUGCUGAUUAA